ACUUUAUUAUUAACAGUAGUUGUAUUAUUAUCAUUGUGUAAAUUAUUUACAGCACAUACCGUACCAUUAGCUAACAGUCCUCCUCUAGUAAAUGGUGGUAACAAUUGGGUUGUAUUGGCUGCCGGUAGUAAAGGCUGGUAUAAUUAUGCCGAUCAGUCAAUGAUAUACCGGGCCUAUCAUAUGUUCCGGUCGUAUGGUAUACCCGAUGAUCAUAUCAUAAUGUUUCAUUACGAUGACAUUGCCAACAAUACCAAUAACCCGACACCGGGUAUUGUAAUCAAUGUUCCCGGAGGUCCCGAUGUCUAUCACGGCGUACCCAAAGAUUAUACCGGCAAUGAUGUUACACCAGAGAACUAUUUAGCUGUACUUAAAGGUGAUCCGGAAUUGGAGAAAAAGGGCCGAAAAGUGCUGAAAAGUGGUCCAAACGAUAACGUAUUUCUAUGGUUCGGCGAUCACGGAUCACCUGGAUUAGUAAUGUUUCCAUCAAGUUAUCUGCAUGCUAAAGAUUUGAAUAAUGCAUUGGUAUAUAUGCACAAAAAUAAACGUUACGCUAAUCUAGUUUUUUAUAUUGAUACAUGUGAAUCAGGUUCAAUGUUUGAUCAUACAUUAAAAUCGGAUAUAAAUAUCUAUGCGGUUACAUCAUCGUUGGGCAAUGAGUCUAGCUAUUUUUAUUAUUACGAUAYAAGCUAAAUACAUUUUUAGGUGCAUGGUUAUUAUCAGCUUAUCUAAAUGAUACUGAACAGGCUGAYUURGAGCACCGUACCCUYGAUCAACAGUGGCACCGAUUGAAUAGGACGGAAGUUAUUGAUGAAACCCAGCAACUGACCAAAAAACAUCCGGGUCAUCAGCACCCGCAACGUUACGGUCAACUAUCAAUGGGUACAAAACGGUUGUCCGAUUUUUUUGGUCAUAAAAAAUCAUUGAACAAUAUAAUGKUAAUURAUAAUAAUAAUAAUGAUGAUGCUAGUAGUAGUAGUAGUAGUUAUCAAUUGCCACCAAUAGAUAAUAGCACUGAGUAUGCUAGCAAACAAAAUGUUCAAGUACGUUUACUUGAAUUGAAAUUAACAUAUAGCWAUAAUUUG